AUGUUACUCAUCACAGCAGUUAAUGUUACAGGCUCUUCAAUCCUCAGCACUCAAGGAGAACAGGUAAUGGACAGAGCAGUGAACCUGGACACCUAUUCCUACACUGAGUACCACCCCAUGGCAGAGAUCUAUGAGUGGAUAGUACAGCUCAGAGAGAUGUCUGCAGACACGGUGAUACAGCAUCUCCUAGGGGUAACACACAAGUCCCCGCCCAUGUAUUAUCUGAAGAUCAGCCAGCUGUCCAGUACCCCCAAGAAGAUCAUCUGGAUGGACUGUGGAAUCCAUGCCAGGGACUGGAUUGCCCCUGCUUUUUGCCAGUGGUUUGUGAAAGAAAUUCUCCAAAACUACGAAGGCAGCUCGAGGAUCAGCAGGUUUCUUGAGACCCUGGACUUGUAUGUGCUUCCUGUCCUUAACAUAGACAGGUGCAUGUACACUUGGACACCCAUGAGCAGCCUGACUUUGGAUCAGCUGUGGAGGAAAUCCCGUUCAUCCCAUAAUAAUGGCUCAUGUUGUGGGUCAGAUCUCAAUAGAAAUUUCAAUAUAUCCUGGUGUAGUAGUGGCGCAUCUACAAACUGCCAAGACAUAAUAUUUUGUGACAGGGCCACAGGUGAUGGGACAGGACCAGAGGCGGAACCAGAGACUAAAGCCGUCGCUAACCUCAUUGAGAGCAGGAAGGAAGACAUGCUGUGCUCCCUGGCCAUACACUGUCACGGCCAGCUCAUUCUGGUACUAUACGGCUGCACCACAAAUAAACCAAGCAAUCAGGAAGAGAUGAUUCAAGUUGGAGAGAAGGAGGCAAAUACAUUGAGAGCAAAGCAUGGAACCAAUUAUAGAGUUGAAUCGAGUGCAGAUAUUUUAUAUAAAACAUUCGGAUCAUCAAGAGAUUGGACUGGACACAUCGAGAUCCCUUUCUCCUACACAUCUGAGCUGAGGGACAAUGGCACCCAUGAGUUUAUCCUGCCCGAAGAGCAGAUGCGGCCGACCUGUGAGGUGGCCAUGGAGGCCGUGCUCUCCAUCCUGGACGUUGCGCAUGCCAAGUACUGGCUCUCCAGGGCUGCUGGGAAGCUAACCUGCACCUCUGCUGUGCUAACCUGCUGUCACUUGCCAGUCUCUGCUCUAGACGCAGCCUCCCCAGGCUUGUGUGACCUUGGUGAUGCAGACGUGGUUGCAGGGAAGGUUUGGGCGGUUGUGGGGAAAACCAAAUCAUGGAGUUAAAAAUAAUUGCUAAUCCAAUAAAGAAGAAUUGU